GGGUAAACAUGUACGCCGAUCCCGCUGCGUUCCACAAAAGAUCGCUCGGAACUUCCUAACUUUGUGACAACUUGUGAUUGUGAAAAAUACAUUCUGACUUGUUUAUAAGUUUUUAAAAACUACUGGUAUUUAUUAUCUUUCUCGUAAAUAAACUGUGUGGGAAGGAUACACGAUAAAACUAGCUUCUACAUAUAAAAUGGACGAUAAAACAAAGUGAUUGAACUCAAAACUCGAGCAAGCAAUGGUGUUGUCAUCAGUGAAAGUGAAAAGGACCUGACAUUAUGUGCAAAAACGUGAAGAGUGUGUCAUGGGAGACGGAGACCCUUAUGGGUACACCUCCCAAGUCCAAAUGGGGCAGCUUCGAGCCCAGAGCGGCACUGUCCCACGUGGGACUCUUCGUGGCUCUCAUGUUGUACACAGGCGGCGGAGGGUUGGUAUUUCGAGCUCUGGAGUAUCCAGCUGAAAUGGCCAAGCAAGAGUUUCAUAGAGAGCGACUUCUGACUGAGAGAUGGAAUUUAAUACGUUUCGUGUCUGAACGGAGCAAUAAUGGCACGGAUAGUGAUGGCGCAGAAAAAUUGCUCAGCGAACAUUUAGCUGUAUAUGAGAGGGUUUUGGAGGAAGCGUCCUCAAGUGGAUUGGCAUUGGAAGUAGAGAAUAAUUUUCCACCGGUUGAAGAGAAAUGGAGCAUAUUGCAAGCCGUGUUCUUUUCUUCGACUGUGCUCACCACUAUAGGAUACGGUAACAUAGUUCCAGAGACAUUUUGGGGGAGAACGUUUUGUAUUGCAUAUGCACUUAUUGGAAUUCCUCUUACCUUGACUGUCAUUGCUGACUUGGGUCGAGUGUUUGCUACACUUGUUUCAAUCAUCGCCAAGCAACUGCCUGCGAUGCCGAAGUGCUGUAGUCGAGUUUCCGAAGCCAAUCCUGCAGGGCAAAGAUCGUUAUAUGCCCUGGGAGCUGUAGGCUUCUUGUUCCUAUAUUUAUCAGCGGGCGCAGGCCUAUUUAAGAUGUGGGAAGAUGACUGGACUUUCUAUGAUGGAUUUUAUUUUUGCUUCAUUACCAUGACCACUAUCGGAUUUGGAGAUAUUGUCCCUAAAAGACCAAAGUACAUGUUGAUAUGUACGGUUUACAUUUUAAUUGGCUUGGCACUGACUUCAACGAUUAUCGAGCUGGUGAGGCGGCAGUAUGCCAGGUCUUGGCAGCAACUUCGGGCGCUUUCCGGCCCGUUGGCAGACACGCUAAGGAGGCUGGGCGACGCCGGCAGAGGGGUGGAUGUCUCUGCACUGCAUAGUGACCUUCGAAAAGUACUUACAGUGGUGACUAUGCCACGACUGAGCAGCGCUGGCGGGAAUGCUCUCUCUGACAAAAGAAGACUGGAAUGGGAGGCUGCAGUGGACGCUGUCAUUAGAGAUAUCACAGCCCCCAUCCCUACACAGAAGCCUCCAAUAGUUCAAAUUGUUAUUUACGAAUCCUCGGUUUAGACUAAAUGAAAAUUAGAAAAUGAAAAGCUGUCUGGAUAUUAUUAGACAUCAAUGACACAAGCUCAAUUGCCGACACAUUACUAAUGUAAUGCUUUCAUUAUUGCCACUGCUGACGCCAUAAUUUCCAUUUAUAAUACGAGGCUUGAUCACGGCCGCUCUCGUUCCGCGUGAUAUUUAGACAUUACGCGCCAAAGUUCAAGGCUAGGUACCCUUGUUCGUCGAAUUAAAGCACCCAAUCGCUAAAAUACCGCCUCGUUAUGAUUAUUGUUAGGGCAAUUUUAAUGAGAAAACUCUCAAGCAUGUGGAUUUGUUUGCGUGCCAACAUUCGGAAAAAGAAGUGACUAUGUGUUUAUACUCAUUGGAAUUUUUGUUUUGACGUUUUUUGUAAAGACGUUAUGAGUGGCUGCUUUAUUGUCUAGACAAGUGUGAUGAACAUAUUUGUUUUAUAGGUUACUCUCUUUAAUGAGCGAAUGGAUUGUAUCAUUAAAUUUACUGAUCCAUGUUAUACAAUUUAUUUUGGAUUCGCAACGUCUGAACGUGUCUGUCUCUCAGAAAUAAAUGAUGCGUCUCGUUGUGCUGUCGUGUGUCGUGACGGAAGUGUAGCUAUCGUUAACGUGAUAGAUUACACCUACAGACAAUAAAAGUCGCAUGAACAAAUGUUACUCGAUGAAUAAACGACACUAUAGUUUCGUGUAAAUUUGAGGUCAUGUAUGUGUUUUUAGAUGUCGUAGGAUUAUGCAUUGACUGGGAAGUGCAUUACUUGGGGGUGUUAUUCUGAAAAAUCAUGGAGCUGCAAAACGAAAAUAUGGUCUAAAGCAGCAAUUCGUAACUAGGUUUCGUUUACAUGAAAUGCUUCUUAUUGUGAAAUCUAUUGCAUUAAAUAAUCUGUAUUUGUUUAUAAGUAUAACAAUAGAUAAUAAGUAAGUAUUAAUUAAUAAGUUAGUUUGUUAUAUUUAUAGAAGAAGAAGAAUAAUUAUUUUCGAGUAGCUUAAUUUUCAAUGUGUACAAUAUUUUUAAAUUUAGAAUUUUAUAGUUUAUUGUUUUUUAUUUUGAGGAAAUCUUAAUGUAAAGCGGAGAAUGAUAAUUCAGGUAGAAUAAUCUUAACACUCUUCCUCAUUAAUUUUGUAUUGUUGUACACAUACAAGUUUUGUACUGUUUCGAUGUUGUAAGGGGAAGUUCUUUUAGAAUAAUACCUGAUAUAUUGUGAACGUAAAACUUAAUGGGAAGGCCGUGAGGCAGCUCUACAGGGUAGGAGUUAAAUUUUGCAUCAGUAUACAAGAAAAAGGUAAUAAGUGAUAGGAAAGAGAUAUGUCACGUAUGUAGGGGAGUACAAUUACUAUAUUUAAUUUAGGCAA